AUGGCGAUGGCAGGUAAAGGCAAGAAGCGCAAGGCCGUUUCUAGUGGAACUGGCAACAAUACGAGAAAGACACAGAGAAAGGGACAAGAUGAUCGCAAAGGCUCAUUGUCUGGACUUAAAAGGAACAAAAAGAAAGGCCCCAAGAAGCCACAGCAGUCGAGUCGUCAACCCGAACAGAAGGAAGAGGAAGACGUGGAGAUUGAUGAAGAGGAUGUGGCCUUUUACAAUGACAACACUGAGUUUACAGCUUUUCUAGACAAUAUGGACGCCCAGGCACUGAGUAAACCGGUACGUACCAAGAAUGACAAGAAGCCGACGGUGAAUUCUGUUAAGACAGAGGACAAGAUGAAGAUAAACGAUGACGAUGACGAGAAUAUGCCAUUGGAAAAGCUAGAGGCUCAUCCACGCAAAGCGGCGUGGACGACGGACAAUGAGGUGGUGCUAAAGGAUAAAUUACCUGUCAAAUUCAUGGACGGCAGUGUGCGUGCCAAUAAACUGUUGGUCGAGAAGGCGAUAAAGCCCAAGGCCGUUGAAACUGAAAACGAAGCAGAAGAAGGAGCAGGAGAAGAAGAGGUUGAAUCGGAUGUGUCGGACAUGGAAUUUGAAGAAAUUACAGACGCUUUGGCUGCAAAACCUACGGAGAUGCCGCAAAGUGAGCUGUCGACGGUGGAUCUGAUGCGUCAACGUGGACUUCGACUGGUGUCGAAAAAGGUGGAGAUUGCACAGCUCUGUGAAAGUAUUUUGGAGAAUCCGGAGGACUCUUUUAAGAAGAGUAAAGAGCAUCCGCAGCAACUAAGCAAGAUUCAACAGUUGCAAUUGUUGUGCCGAGAUCCCGACUCGACCGUGCAGCGUCUUAGUCUGAUGUCGCAGUUGUCGGUAUUUUUGGAUAUUCUACCCGACUACCGGAUUCGUCUUCAGAACAAUGCUAACGCAGAGGAAAAGGGCAAACAGAACCAUGGACGUCCCAUGAAGAAGAAGGUGCAACAGAUGCAGGAUUUUGAAGCGGCACUGCUGAGCAAUUACCAGAAGUUUCUCAAGUACUGUGCUGAUCUGGUUUCGACGGGGCUCAAGAGGAAGCGCCCAGAACAGCUAGCGACGAUGACGGUACGUGAACGGUGUGACGUAUUGCUAGCCGAGACCAGUGUCCGUUGUUUGGCGCAGCUGCUGGAAAAGAAGUAUGCCUUUAACUUUCACCUUAAUCUUGUGAUCGCACUGGUGCCACUGGCAGACUCGCAGUUUCCGAAUAUCCGCAAGCAGGCUUGCGCGUCGUUUGAAAGUGUCUUUAAGAAUGACAAAACGUGUGCUUGCUCGUAUGAGAUCGUACAACAGAUUUCAAGCUAUGUGAAGCAAAAGCAACACCGUGUGCAGCCCUUCAUUAUUCAAACACUGCUGGCUAUGCCACUUGAGGUGACCAUGGAGCAAGGCGAGGCAGCUCGCAAGAAAGCCAAGUCUGAUCGCAAGAAACGUCGUCGUCAGCAGGCGGAUGGUGAUAAUAUUGCUGCCGGUCUCAAGGAAGCCGAAGCUGUUGUGGAUCGUGCUGAGCGCGAAAAGACGCAGGCUGAUAUCUUGCACGAAUUGGUUCUCAUUUACUUUCGCAUUCUGAAGCAAGCUACCUACUCGCAGGCACUACCAGCUGUAUUGGAAGGACUGGCGAAAUACUCGUUCCUGAUUAAUCUUGAUAUCAUGAUCGACUUGCUCAAAGUACUCAAGGUUGUGCUGCGCGAAGAAGAUCUACUACCACUUCCGGCAGCACUGCAGGCCGUACUAACGGGACUGCGUGCAUUACAAGGCCCCGGUGGACAGGAACUCAUGAUCGACGAAAAGGAGUUUGUGGAUAUUCUUUACCGUCUGUUGCACCGGUUUGCCGAUGGUGAAGCGGGCUUGGACUCGUCGUGCUUUCCAACUCUGCUGCAGUGUGUGGAAGCAGUGUUCCUUCGACGAAAAGAAAUUGUAAUCGAGCGUGUGGCGGCUUUUGUGAAGCGACUGUUGCUUGUGGCGCAGCACCUUCCUCCGCAUCAGGCUUUAGCUACUUUGGCUCUGCUUCGUGCACUUUUUCAACGCUACGCAAAGUUACAGCAGCUUCUGGAAUCGGACGUGGAUCGUGUGGCUUCAGGUGAAUACCGCGCGGACAUUGACGAUCCCGACUUUGCCAACCCGUUCUCAAGUGCAUGCUGGGAGCUGGCGUUGUUGACACAUCAUGUCCAUCCAAAGCUGUCCAGUUACGCGCUUGGCACUGCCCAGAUGGCUCCAUCCCUGCCGAACGAGCAUGCUCGAGCGCUUAUGGACGCAUUUGACCCGUAUGCUGGUGCAACCUUUGCAUUCAAACCGAAAGUGCCUGUGCCGCCUAGCAACCCGCUGCACAAGAAGAUCACCAGUGAGAACAACAAGAACGACUCACGCAAGAAAAGCCGUCAGCGUCGUGCGCGUCAGUUUUUCGUGCGCGAUCCGUUGGCUAACUUGAACGAGCAGUACCGCAAACAAAAUGCCUCUUCUUUCUUUCAGAAGUGCCUUGAGCUUGACGAGCAAAGCACUGAUGACAAGUUGCUAGUGUUCAGGAAGUAG